CUCGCAUGGUCAGUAAAGGCAAAGAUGGAACUGGACCUGAUGACAAAAAAACCAAGGGGGCGGAUGGUAAACCUGGAACAAAGAUCGCCACAUCUCGGGGAGCGGCCCCUUCUGGGCAGAAGGGCCCUGCCAACGCCACCAGGAUUCCAGCAAAAACCACGCCCAGCCCGAAGACUCCGCCCGGCUCUGGUGAUUCUGGGAAAUCUGGGGACCGCAGUGGCUACAGCAGCCCAGGCUCCCCAGGCACUCCAGGCAGCCGCUCCCGCACCCCAUCCCUGCCAACCCCACCCACCCGGGAGCCCAAGAAGGUGGCAGUGGUCCGCACUCCACCCAAGUCGCCAUCUGCAGCCAAGAGCCGCCUGCAGGCUGCCCCUGGGCCCAUGCCAGACCUGAAGAAUGUCAGGUCCAAGAUCGGCUCCACCGAAAACCUGAAGCACCAGCCGGGAGGUGGGAAGGUGCAGAUAAUUAAUAAGAAGCUGGAUCUUAGCAACGUCCAGUCCAAGUGUGGCUCAAAGGAUAAUAUCAAACACGUGCCAGGAGGCGGCAGUGUGCAAAUAGUCUACAAACCAGUGGAUCUGAGCAAAGUGACCUCCAAAUGUGGCUCAUUAGGCAACAUUCAUCAUAAGCCAGGAGGUGGCCAGGUGGAGGUAAAAUCUGAGAAGCUGGACUUCAAGGAUAGAGUCCAGUCGAAGAUCGGGUCCCUGGAUAACAUCACCCACGUCCCUGGCGGAGGGCAUAAAAAGAUCGAAACCCACAAGCUGACCUUCCGCGAGAACGCCAAAGCCAAGACAGACCACGGGGCAGAGAUCGUGUACAAGUCGCCUGUGGUGUCGGGGGACACAUCUCCGCGGCACCUCAGCAAUGUCUCCUCCACCGGCAGCAUCGACCUGGUGGACUCGCCGCAGCUCGCCACGCUAGCCGACGAGGUGUCCGCCUCCCUGGCCAAGCAGGGUUUGUGAUCGGGCCCCCGGGGCGGUCAGUAAUCGUGGAGAGAAGAGAGUGAGAGAGUGUGGAAAAAAAAAAUAAUAAUGAUCUGGCCCUUCGCCCUCUGCCUUCCCCCAGCUGCUCCUCACAGAUCGGUUAAUCGGUUAAUCACUUAACCUGCUUUGUCGCUCAGCUCUGGCUCGGGACUUCCAAAUCAGUGAUGGGAAUAAGAGCAAAUUUCAUCUUUCCAAAUUGAUGGGUGGGCCAAUAAUAAUAAAAUAUUUUUAAGAACAUUUAAAAAGAUGGCCACACCCAGAAUUUCCUCGGGCAAUUACUUUUGAUUCUCUUUUUUUCCUCCUCUGAGUAGAAGAGGGAGGAGAGGCUCUGAAAGCUGCUUCUUGGGACUCUCAAGGGACUGGGGGCACCCCUCCUUGGGCCCCAUCCUGGGGGUGCCACAGAGGCAGCGGCGGCAACAAAGGACUUGAAACUUGGUGCGUUGGAGCCAUAGGCACAGGGCAACCUUUGGAGCAGGACAGGGUGGGGUGGAGAGGGCCCCGGAGAGGCUGCUGCAGGGGCCGGGCAGGGGGGGCGGGCAGGGGGAGGUGUUCAAGGAAGGGCAUAGGGGAGAGGCCCUGAGUUCUGCCUGGAAAGGCAGCAGAAAACAGACCAAGUGACCUCCCUUCCUGCAGCGGGUCAGUGCCACCCUCUGGAGGGCGGUCUGUGGGAGAGGGGCUCCAAUCCCCCCACGCCGUGAAGGGACAGUGAGCAGGAGGAGAAAGGUUGGCAGGAGUGGAUCACUUCCUCUGAGACCUACUGGAUAUCCUCUGAGUAGCACUCAAGUCCUGCUUGAGUGCUGGUGGCCUCUUCCUCCCUCCCUGCAGGGCGGGGUCCUAGGCUGACGGGCCUCCCUCCGCCCCACGGAAACCCUGUUUAUUGAGUUCUGAGGGUUGGAACUGCAGCCACGGUUUUGGCCACCUCACAGAUCUGGGACUUCAGGGCUAACCAGUUCUCUUUGUAAGGACUUGUGCCUCUUGGGAGAUAUCCGCCUCUUCCCAAGUUUGGGCCUCUGGCAUCUCUGGAGUGUGUGGGGGUCAGGGAGGUGAAUCCUGAGCCUCCCCUCUCUCCCACGGCCACCGCAGCCACCUGUCUGCCCCCGCCAUGCCUGUGUCUGCCGUGCGGAGCCCAGUCACUGCCUGUACCCCUCGUCACACUGUCCUGAGUUCCUAGCCUCACCACCCCUGCUUCUCAGUAACGGACAUUAUUUAGAUGCAGAGGCACUUACUCUAAACCAAGGGGGAGAGUAAAGUGGGAGGCAAAGUCCAGACAUAGUGGGGGAACCUCAGUCUCAGUCUAAGUUCCAAUCAUCCAGCUGGCGUGUCCCUGGCAAUGAACCUGAUGCCCUUACUCAGUCCCCCGCCCCAACCCCCCCAUCACAGGUGUGAGCCGGCCGGGGUGGUGGGGUGUGCAACGACCCUGGAUGUUUAUGCCCUGUUGACUUGGAGAGACUUUCCUCCCAGAGGCCUGGUCUCCUUCCUGUGCUGACUGCAGGUUGGCCAUCUUGGGUGCAAGAGAUGGCCUUGGCACAGGUAGGCAAGACCCCCAGGACAGGACUACACUCCCACCAUCCCCCACAGCUUAUGACUGCCAGCCUGUGAGAGCCCAGCUGCUGCUCAACCCCCAGUGCACAUAACCAGCCCUCCACACCACAAAAAGGGGAACGUGCCCCCUCGGAAAUGGUUCUCCCCCAAGUCCCAGCUGGAAGCAAUGCUGUCUGUCCUACUGGAGCAGCUGAACAUAUACAUAGAUGUCGCCCUCCCCUCCCCGUCUGCACCCUGUCGUGUUGUAGUCGGAUUUGUCUGUUUAUGCCUGGAUUCACCAGAGUGACUAUGAUAGUGAAAAGGAAAAAAAAAAGAAAAAAAGAAAAAAAAAAAAAAAAAAGGACGCAUGUAUCUUGAAAUGCUUGUAAAGAGGUUCUAACCCACCUUCAUGAGGUUCCUAGAUGUCUCUCACCGCCCCCUGGGACUUAGCUCCGGAAGGCCAGCGUGGCUCUCCCCGGUGGGGCCUCUCAAUUUUUGAAAGGCUUUCAUCAGCACCUGGGACCCAACAGAGACCAGACUGACAUCUGAGAACCCUCAGCUGAGAAGCAGGCCUGAAGCACGGGAGGACAGAAGCUACGGUGCCCCCUCCCCGCCCCCAGGGCUCCCCAUUGUCAGGCAGAGGCUGGUGUGUCUUAUGGCUGGCCUGGUUUGCAGCAUGAAGAUGGUGCUCUCUGGGCCCCACAGCCACACUGAGAGAGGGUCUUCUAGCUCCCUGCAUCAUGGGCGCCAGCUGUGGAAAGGUCUACAGCCCACCCCUCAGCCUGGGGUCCAGCUCCAAGCUCUCCCUCAGGAAGGAUGGCCCAGACCUCCUCACCUAAGGCUCUACGACCACAGCAGGGAUUGGGAUGGAUUGCCUGCCCUGGACCGGCUCCUGGGGCCUGAGCUGCCUGAACGAGGAAGGGUGACAAGUCAGGAGAUACCAUUUCCAAAGUCUUGGCCAGAGCCCCCACUGACCUUGCACCAGUCCCAUCUCCUGCCAUGGGGAAAGGGAAGCAGCCUUUGUAGAAAUCUGCUGUUUAAAAACAAAAAAUCAGCCUCAGGCCCAGUUCUGCCACAUCCAAUUUGGGUAUGGUUAAAGGCAACCCUGAAAGGUUGGGUGGUAGGAGUCCAGGGCUGAAGGCUUCAUUUGCCGCUAGAGCUUUCCAUGCAAGGGAUCAUCUGGGCCCAAACCUUCCCACUGUGAGGCUCUCCUCUGUCCUGAGACCCAGCUGCUUUUAGGAGGGUUCUGAGGAAGAGAAAGGAAAGGUGGUGUCAAGGUUUGGUAGCUGUUGAGAGAUGCGGCCCAUUACUGCCACCCAUUUCGGCUGCGUUUCUUCUUGCACCUCAUCCUGUGGUUUGUGCCCUGCUCUUCAGUACUUUGCGGUCUCUGGAGUCUCCCAUUGGGUGGGCUAUCUGGAUCAGCCUAAAGAUCACAGUUUAGGCUGAUCAGGUCAGUGCUGGCAGGGAGUUUGCAAAGGAAUGCUGCUGGCUUAUAACCUAAAAUGAGGACAAUCCCCCCAGGGCUGGGCACUUCCCCACCCCCUUUUCCUCCAGUGUCCCUUGGGUGGGCUAGAUAGGAUAUGCUAUAUACCCGGUUCCUUCACGCUCUCCACUCACUUUAGCCAUAGUUCCAUUUAAAUUGACUUCAAUGGUGAGACUGUAUCCUUUUGCAGUUGCUUGUUGAGCUCUGGGGGUGGGGUGGGGGGAGGACCCUGUAAGAUAGUUACCACUGGGCAAAGGGAGGGUCUCGGAGUGCAGCAGUUCCACUGGCAAUGCCAGUUCCAGUGGCCUUGCAACCCUUUUCAUGAUUUCAACCACAUGUGCUAGAGGUCCUUGGGAUUUCAGCUUUUCACUGACGGGUGCAACAGGCUGCCAGCUGGUUCCCAUCUCCUUCCCAGCCAGGUGCAGGCAGUGAGGCCUGUGGAGGAAUCUGGAGAUAUGGUUGCUCUGGCCCGCUGCCCCUUUGCAGGGUCCCAAGCCCACAAUCAUGCCUUCCAAAUAUGCUGGCAUCCUUUCCUCUAAGUCGUUGGCACCUCCAUGUCACCUUUCCCACCAGCUCUGGACACACAGCCAAUAAUUCUAGCAGCUGCCAAGAUCUCUUCACCCUUUUAUCUUUGUCCCUCAAGGAAAGCCAGGAGGUGGGGAUGAGGGCAGAGGUGGAGGUGGUCAUCAGCUUGUCCCAUCUACAGAUCUGUAGCUUCAAGAGACUUCUGGUUUCUCUUGAGCUUUGAAAAGGGUUACCCUGGGCACUGACCCAGGGUCUCACCUCCUAAUGGACUGAGCUCCGUGCAUUUGCAGUGUUGGGCAGGACAAUUUCUGGCACUUGCAAGUCCCAUGAUUUCUUUGGUAAUUUUGAGGGUGGGGGGAGGGACAUGAAACCAUCUUAGCUUAGCUUCCUGUCUGUGAAUGUCCAUAUGGUGUAUUGUGUGUUUUAACAAAUGAUUUACACUGUUGCUGUAUAAGUGAAUUUGGAAAUAAAGUUAUUACUCUGAUUAAAUAA